GCAGCAACCAACCCAGAACCAUGACUCCGCGGUGCUACAUGCUGGCUGUCUUGGCUGCUCUCUGCAUCCUCACCCUCGUCUGCUCACACGGAGCCCCAGUGUCCCCCACGGGUGCUCACCUGAUGCUGUGCCAGUCACACACGAGAUGUGGGAACAAGUUCUACGACCCCCAGCAGCACUGUUGCUAUGACGACGCUGUGGUGUCCUUGGGCAGGACCCAAAAAUGUGGAAACUGCACCUUCAGGGUCUGCUUUGAGCAGUGCUGCCCCUGGUCAGACAGACCCCAGGAGACCUUUGUGGUGAAGGUGAAAGGCCAGAAGUGUUCCCUGGCCCUGUCCUCAGAUGACAAGGUUUGUAGCAGUGUCAGCUGACAGAAGACCAGAUGGCUGGAUGGCCAGAUGACUGCCAGAUUCUGCUUCCUGAAGGAGCAUGGAGAGAGUGCCCUGGUAUGGACUUCGAUCUGAGACAUGGAGUGAAUGUCUGGGGACAGGAGACACUCAGACUCAACCCUCCCUUCUCAUUCUUUCUCCUUUGACACUCUGAAUCUGCCCUAAAUCUGCCCGGUCCCCCCUCUAUGAUUCUGGACAAUUGUAAGAGAUUACUUUGCUGUUGGAGGUCCCACGGGCCCCGACCCCUCACAAUUACCUCUAGAGCCAAUAUCAGUAAGUAGAACCCCCAGGCUGGCAGUGGGCACCCUUCUCUGAGGUAGUUCAUUACCGUAGGCCCUUUUCUCCACCAGCUAAAAUUUUGCAGUUUUAUGUAUGAAAAAAUAUGUCACAGUGGACGCCUGAAGGGUUGGGGAGAGACGGAUGGAGAGAGGGUGGAAUGGGGUCCUUUUUCAUUAUGUAUGCCCAUUUUUCCCAUAUACGACCAAAUUUCAAGAUAACCACC